AUGGGGGAGGUGCUUUGGUGCCGUACAUGUGAAACAAAUCGCAAAGCUUCGCAGCAUGACAACUUCGUAUUCUGUGAUGUCUGUGGUCUGGUCCUCCGUAGCUACGACUUCUUCCCCGAACCGCCGUCCAAUCAACACCGCUUCCACACUUUCGCUCUGAAACUAGGUGUUUCCGACCACUACGCAAUUCAGGAUGCGAUUUUAUGUUUUCACAAAACUUUUCUUUAUUUUCGACAUUGUCGAGUCGUUGCCGCGGUUUGCUUGUACAUCGGUUGUCGCGCCAACCGAGUUCCUGUUAUGCUGAUGGACUUGUCGGUGAAAUUGCGUGUGAGUGUGUAUUAUUUGGGGGUUCGGUUUUUAGAUGUUUGCGAGUUUUUGAGUGUUGAGGUUGAUGGUUUUAGGCCGCCUCGGAUUGAUGAUCCGCUUUUCAUGAUUAAUCGGUUUAUGUUAAUGUUCUCUGAGGAGAAUGAUAGAGAUUUCAGUGUUUUGUUGACUGCGUUGCGGAUUUUAGCUGCUGUGAGGACGGAUUAUGUGGGAGGGAGGAGGAGACUUGGGGGAUUGUGUGCUGCUGCUGUGUAUAUGGCUGGAGGAUUUGACAGCUUGAAUGUUGAUGAUGUUUUUCCUGUGGAAGCUGUAUUGAGUCCUUUAGAGUUUUACUGGUUGGAUCGUGAGUUUAGAAGUGUAGCUAAGGAGUAUAAAUAUCGUAAUGGCAGAGGAUGUAUGAUGGGGAAUGUGGAAGAUCUUUGUCCACAUAAUGAUGUUGACAAGUUUUGUCAUGGAUUUUGUCGAGUUUGUUAUAAUAGGUUUGUGGAGCUUUCUGAAUACUUUAACAUUACUGUUCCAAGGCAAGACGACCAGGUUUUAUGCAGUGAGAAGAGGCUGAGUUCGCUUAUCAAUUUUGAUGCACUGCGUCAAGUCUUUGGAGAUGAUGAUGUAGCUGAGAGUACAAAAACGCCAAGUCAGGAGUCCAGCGGCACAAUUAAUACCAUGGAACAAGGACAAGCUAGAGAAGAAAAUUGUGGUGAUGCUCAGGGAAGAGAAGGUUCAGCUAACAAGAAUGACCAGAGAGAAGAAGUCUUAGCGAAUAAAGUGAGGAGACGAUUUGCUCAACCAAAAAGAAGAAGAUUAGGCUUGCAAACAUGA